AUGAUACAGGAUAUUGAAAUGUUGCCGAAACAGGCAGAUCUUGAUGACAAGGAGAGGCUCUCCAAGAUGCUCUGGCGUGACGAACAUAACGGCGCGCCAUGA